GGACGGCCGGGAUUGGUUCCCCCACUCCUCUCAGCAGGGGCUCGGGCUGCAGUUUCUUGUCGGCGUCGGGGGGAUAAACGGUCGGGAUAAACGGUGGGAGCCAGCUCCGGCCCUGCGGAUUGGCUGCCCCCAACGUUCUACUGCUGCUGCGUCAGCUGCCGCCGCCGCAGCUGGGGGGGUGUGAGGCCGCUGGCUGCACGCUGCCCUCCGCGGGGAGAGGGUGGGGGGAGCUCCUUUCCCUGCUGCCAAGUGCCCUGUUCCUGUCAAACAGCGCCCCCAGGCAAUGCCAUGCCGCCCCUGCCCUCACCUGCACAUAGAAGGGAAACCCCUAUGCAACAGACCGCAGGUCCCUGCGACAGGUUACCUGUAUCACGCAGCUGACCAGCAAAUGGCUCCACAAAUUGGGGUCGACUGGAGAAUGGCGCCAUAAAUUGAGACUGGCUGUGCGUGCAUGGCGAUUAUCGCACAGUUGGCUGGUGAAGCAUGGAUACACGUGCCAAGACACUCUGAAAAUGGCAGAAGCCCAUCAAGCAGUAGCAUUUCAGUUUACAGUAACUCCAGAUGGGAUUGACCUGCGAAUGAGCCACGAGGCUCUCAAGCAGGUCUAUCUCUCUGGUCUUCAUUCCUGGAAGAAAAAGUUCAUCAGAUUCAAGAAUGGGAUUAUUACUGGUGUGUAUCCUGCUAGUCCAUCCAGUUGGCUUAUUGUAGUGGUGGGCGUGAUGUCAACAAUGUAUGCCAAAAUUGAUCCUUCCUUAGGAAUAAUCUCUAAAAUCAACCAAACUCUUGAUACAACUGGUUAUAUGUCCAACCAAACACAGAACAUUGUGAGUGGGAUACUUUUUGGCACAGGCCUGUGGGUGGCCCUCAUUAUCACAAUGCGCUACUCGUUAAAGAUGCUUCUUUCCUACCAUGGAUGGAUGUUCGCUGAACAUGGCAGACUUUCUACCGGAACCAAGAUUUGGAUGUCACUAGUAAAGCUUUUCUCAGGAUGUAAACCAAUGUUAUACAGCUUCCAGACAUCUCUGCCACGACUACCAGUCCCAUCUAUUAAAGACACUGUUACCAGGUAUCUGGAAUCAGUUCGGCCACUUAUGAAUGAUGUAGAAUUCAAAAGAAUGGAUGGUCUUGCCAAAGAUUUUGCAGUUAAUCUUGGACCAAGACUCCAGUGGUAUUUGAAGCUGAAAUCCUGGUGGGCUACAAACUAUGUUAGUGAUUGGUGGGAAGAGUACAUCUACCUUAGAGGACGUGGGCCAAUAAUGGUUAAUAGUAAUUACUAUGCAAUGGACUUCUUGUGUGUUGCUCCUACAUCUAUUCAGGCUGCUAGAGCUGGUAAUGUUAUACAUGCACUUCUGCUGUACAGAAAGCAACUGGACAGACAAGAAAUCAAGCCAAUUCUUCUGAUGGGAUCCACUGUUCCACUCUGCUCAGCUCAGUGGGAGCGGAUGUUUAAUACCUCCCGUAUCCCAGGAGAGGAAACAGACACUCUCCAGCAUGUGAAGGAUAGCAAACACAUUGUUGUGUAUCAUAAAGGACGUUACUUCAAAGUCUGGGUGUACCAUGAUGGCAGACUGUUGAAACCUCGAGAAAUUGAGCAGCAGAUGCAAAGAAUUCUAGAUGACAGUUCAAAGUCGCUUCCUGGAGAAGAGAAAUUAGCAGCUCUUACUGCAGGAGAUAGAAUACCGUGGGCUAAAGCUCGUCAAGCCUAUUUUGGACGGGGAAAGAACAAGCAUUCCUUGGAUGCAGUUGAAAAAGCAGCUUUCUUUGUAACUUUGGAUGAAAGCGAGCAAGGAUACAGGGAAGAGGAUCCAGUGACAUCAUUGGACACAUAUGCAAAGUCACUGCUGCAUGGCAAAUGUUAUGACCGAUGGUUUGACAAAACAUUCACGUUGGUUGUGUUCAAAAAUGGCAAAAUGGGCCUGAAUGCAGAGCACUCUUGGGCAGAUGCUCCUAUUAUUGGGCACCUGUGGGAGACUACUAUGGCAAAUGACUACCUCCUGCUGGGUUAUUCAGAGGAUGGACAUUGCAGAGGAGACACCCAUCAAAAUAUUCCUUUUCCUACCAGACUACAGUGGGAAAUCCCUGAAGAAUGCCAAGAAGUGAUUGAGAAGUCUCUGAGUACUGCAAGUGCUCUUGCAGAGGAUGUGGAUUUUCAUUCUUUUCCCUUUGACACUUUCGGAAAAGGUUUAAUCAAAAAAGCCAAAAUAAGCCCUGAUGCCUUUGUACAACUUUCUCUACAACUGGCUCACUAUCGGGACAUGGGAAAAUUCUGCUUAACUUACGAAGCCUCUAUGACACGCCUGUUCAGAGAGGGCAGGACAGAAACAGUUCGCUCGUGUACUACUGAAUCAUGCAGUUUUGUUCGAGCCAUGGAAGAUCCAGCGGAAAGUACUGAGAAGAAGCUUAAGCUACUCAGGAUUGCUGCUGCUAACCAUCAGCAUUUGUAUCGCUUUGCCAUGACGGGUGCUGGCGUUGAUCGCCAUCUCUUCUGCCUUUAUGUUGUGUCCAAGUAUCUUGGUGUUGAUUCUCCUUUCCUUAAGGAAGUUUUAUCAGAGCCUUGGAGAUUGUCAACAAGUCAAACACCGCACCAGCACAUAGAUCUGGAGAAGAACCCUGAGUGUGUGUGCAGUGGUGGAGGCUUUGGACCUGUUGCUGAUGAUGGCUAUGGUGUAUCUUACAUUAUUGUGGGGGAAAAAUUAAUCAAUUUCCAUGUGUCCAGCAAAUUCUCUUGUCCUGAGACGGAUUCUCAUCGUUUUGGAGAGAACAUCAGACGAGCAAUGAUUGACAUUGUGUCUUUAUUUGGCUUUGGUAAAAACUCUACCAAGUGAUCGUCUUACAUCAGUGCAGUCAGUCUCUUGCUGUUGGGGUGAGAACUCUUCUGAUCAGUGAAUGGAAAUCAAAGCACAUGCUAAGCAACAGUUGAGGGGCACCUGAGUCGCAAUUAUCUCUGAACAAGGAUUCCUCAUCUUGGGCGUAAUUCAAAUGCUCCAUCAUUUUGCAGCUCAGAAGAGUUUUCUUUCCACGAAGGAUGACUUUUGAUAUUCUAUGUGUUUCUAGAAAUACAGCAAGACAACAUUAUGUGAAAGCAUAUGUACUCUAACUACUCUAGGCUUAUCUAAGUUUUGUGUACAUUUGAUUAUUUUUACUUUAAAAUCUGAGUCUACUUAUAUUCCAUAAAUGAAAUGAUAAAAUGUAUUAAGUUAACCUCAAAAUGGCAGUAAAGAGUUAAUAUGUACUGGUAACAGAAUAUUGAUUAAAAUGUAUCUGUUGCUUCUAUCAAUGACCAGAUGGGGCAUUCACUUUCCUUCACCUUUUAAAUAUAAAUGUAACCCUGACUUAUUUUUUCAGCUAGAACAUUACAUUCAAGUUAUCUGUGCUUUUUUGAAAUACAUGUGUGUUACAGUGGGUGAUAAAAUGCUUGCAUUAUCUAAGAUGGCAGGUGUCAUCUACUUUUUCUCCAUGUUUUAUAAGCAUGUAGUUUUACCACAGCUUUAAUUGUACUGCCAUAUGAAAGGGCCUGCAUGUUUGUUCAAGCCAGUGCCUUACAAAUGAAAAGCCCUACAUCCAGGAAAAUCCUUACACUGUGAGGUUGUUUGCAUUUUUUCUAUAAAGUUUCUAUGAUGGAAUAGGUGAAUGGGAUUGGACAUAAGCUCUUAAAUAAUUUAUUUUGAUGCAACGUAAGGUAAAAGUGAGCAUGUUUCUGUGUAGUGCAAUCUGGCUCUUUUGUACAAUGAAAGAACAGCCCCUGGUGAGAAACAGAGCUCAGUUCUUUUCAGAACUACUACAUUCCUUAGAAAACACCAUUUGUCCUGUGGGAUAUCAAAUAACACCUAAGACAACUGCUGCAUUUUGUGCACAGAUUCUCUUAGGUUUCACAGAUUGUAAUCAUUAGUAACAAGUAAACUUGCUGGAAAAUCUACAGCAGCAGACUGACUGAAGCUGAAAACUGCAGCUUGUUUCCUCUUAUACCAUCACUAUAAUUCCCUUCAUCUACAUGGGGAAAAGGUUAGGAGUUCACACCAUAGAAAUAAUGGUCCCAGAAAAGAAAAAUGUCCGUCUCAGAUCCCUGCCUGGGCAGGUCAUUGAUCAAGUUAAACAAGAUCCUGCCUGAGGAAAGCAAUAGGAGGGAGAGAACUUGCGUAGUUUCUCAAUCUUAAAAAGAUUGAGAGUAUUUUCUGAGUAAUACUUCUAGUUUUUACAUUCUCUCUCAAAGAUUUUCAUCCUGAACAAUAUGCAAAUUUAACUCCUACAUUUAAAAAAGAGGCCUUGAUGAGGGUCAGAGCUGAGUAGUUAUGUAAAUAUUGUAAUGCAAGAACCCCACAGAAAUGGGCCAAAGACUUUUUAUUUGGUCAAGGACAAAAAGAUUAUGACAUAAGCCUUACUGCAACUGCGGCAUCUAAUCAAACAGCUGCAGCAAUUUCAUGGUGAAUUGUCCUUUUAUAGCUGCAGAAAUCAUGCACUAUUUAUAUUGACCACUGACCAAUCUGUUAAAUUAACAUAAACAUGUUAGCUUGUAGGAUAAUUUUUUUUAUUAAGAACACAUUUAGGUUGACUCUCAGGUUUUAAAUGUUUCAAAUGUAAUUGUAGUUAGUGCAGUUAUCAAUGCAAUUUUACAUUCUUUAAGAGAAUGUAAACAUGAUUGGCACAGGAAGAAUUGGUUUUUAUUGUACAUGUUGAAAAGGGUGAUAAAAAAAAGUGUUAUGUAUUUUUAUUUGGAGCAGAUCCUAAUUUCUAAACAGAUCUUGCUUGCAUUUCAUUUGUGUUAGAAUGUUAACUGCAUGUAAAUAAAAUGUACUUCUUUGGAUGUAAAUCUUAGAAAUACACAGUGAAUGUAAGCUAUCAUUAAUAAAGCAAUUAAUUUAAAUUGUCAUAUUCUCCAUAUUGUGUAUACUAUAAAACCACUCAUUUCUGUUUUCUUAAAUGCCAUAGGAAUAUGACUAGUAAUUGCUAUUUUUAAUUAUUUUUCCAGUAUGUUGUAUAUAAUAUUAGAGUCAUUAUUGAGUUAAAAUAUAUUUCAGAAAAAAAAUGUAUUGGUUACUAAUACUUUUAAUCACUGAUUCUAAAACAGUGAAAUAAGAGAAGAGAAGGACAGGAGGAAAAACUGAAGUUGAAUGGACAUUAGAAUUUGGAUGGAAUGAUAGUAAUAAACUAUUGCAUGGCAGUAAGGAAUUGGCUGGAUCCCUCAGCUGCAAAAUUCCAGAUUUCAAAUUUUUCUUUCAGACCAACACGGCUACCAAGUACACCCCUGAAACAUGGAAGAUGCCGAAUUUCAGCCGAUUUUGGAUUUUAAACUUCAUUGCAGAACAACAAGGAAGUUUUUUUUUUUUUUUGUUUUGUUUU